AUGGGCUUAAAUUUAUUAAAGUCUUCAUUGGAUCGGCCUAAAACUGAAAUGUCCAAAGCAGAGUUUGCUGCUAUGUUGGAAAAACAACACCUUAAGGAAUGCGAAGAAAAUGAUUACAUGAUGUUAGAAGGACUUUUUCAAGCGCGUGCUUCCAUUGACAACACUAAUGGCUCAUUUGAGACCGGUAUAUCCAUUGACUACAGCCACCGUUAUCCGUUGCGCCGCGAGACCGCUAUUGAGCUAUCACCCUCUAAGCCAUCGGCAGAGGGUGAUGUUAUAGGUUGUUCAGGUAGUAGCGACACAAGCGGGGCAGGUAGCGCUGGAUAUACCUGUACGGCAGCCACAAUAACUACGGGUCAAAGUGGUUUCGAAAUACGAAACGAAAGACCCUGGCAUCGAAACUCAUCAAUGGAACAACAACAAUCAUAUCAAUCACCAGUGGUACCAACACGUGCCACAAGUGAAUUCCUUAAUGCACCAUACGAAAGCUCACAUCGGCUAUUUAAAAAAUCAAGUGAAAGCUUACAAAAGAAUUCAAGCACAGAAACUGAUUAUUCUGCACAUCCAUAUCGUUUCAUCAAACAAAGCUCAAAUGAUACAACAACAUCGAUGACUGGUUCCUAUAAUAUCGAUAAUAUAUCGCUGGCACCUGAACUUUCUUUAGAUGCCGGCGAUUCACCAUCACAAAUGCAAAGUCAAACAACAGUACCAACUGUUGUGGAAACUAUCGCUGUUAGUACAACGCGUGCAGCUGGUGGCACUAGCAGUAGUGGUUAUGCUAGUGGUGUCGUUAGCACUUCAGGACGUUAUCAACCGAUACGUACAUCAUCCGUUGGUGCUGCUGAUCUCAGACGCCGACGCGGUGAAUGUACAAGUUCCUUAGAUAUCGGGACUUCGGCGAUAAUGUCACAAGUGCAGCCACCACCACCACGUGCACUGCAAUUGAAGAAACAGUUUAGCUUGGAUCAAGGUAAGCAGCAACAAACACCAACUGCUACACAUGCAGAUACAAGUAGUUCAAGUGCUGCUAUAACAAAGCCUACACCAGCCAAACUAAGUUCCUCACUCAAACCACCACCACCGGCUGGUAAAUUGGGUCUUAAUGUGCUUAACGAAAGCAGUUCCAGCACAGAAGAAUCAAAAGAUGGUGACCUGACUGGUGCAGCUGGUGGUUUGUUGACUAUACCACAGAUAAGUACGCAUAAUGUACAAGAUGAAAUAGCCAAAUUAUCAUUAAAUAUAAAGAGUAGCACUGAAUCCGAGAAGGAUCCACCGUACAAUGAGACAAUGUGCUAAACAGCAUUGCCGUGGCAAACUUAGAUGAAAUACUAGAGCUCAAUAGAAUUUUUGUUUUUAUAAAUGUUUUGAAAUGUAAAUAAAUGUUAAUGCGUGUGUG